GUAGCAGAGAGAAUCUUUUCUGAGUCGCCAGGAUUGGGGUAAACUCUCCCUUUCAUCUAUAUCCCUUUCUCCUCCGCUAGGUAAACCCUAACCCUAACCCUAACCCCAACCCAAACCCUAGCCCUAGAAAUCGAGAAGGAACCAGUACUUUACCUCUCUCUCUCUCUCUCUCUCUCUCUCUCUCUCUCUCCUUCUCGCGACCCACCUCGGCCCAUGGCGAUCCAGGAGCGGCUACUCUCGCUCGCGGCGCCGCUCCGCCACCGCGGCCUCGUCGGCGGGGCCGCGAUCGUCGCCGCGGCGGCGGCGGCGGGGUACUCGCUCGUCCACGCGCGCGCCGCCCCCUUCGGGCUCGGCGCCGUCGUGGCCUUCUUCUGGCCGCUCCUCGCCUCCACGGGCCUCUUCCUCGCCGCCGUCGCCGUCCUCCUCCGGAUCUCCCCGCCGCCGCCCCCCGGCGCCGCCGCCUCCGGCGAGGAGCUCCUCGACUACGUCGCCGGAAGGCCCGGCGACGACGCGGCGCCGCCGCCGCCGCCGCCGCCCUACGCCGCCGCCGCGGAGGGCGGCGGCGGCUGCGGCGGAGCGGAUCGCGAUUGGAGGAGCCGUACCGUGUAUUAUUAGCCAAUGGGGAGGGAUCAUGCGAAACUGUUGUGGGGGCAGGUGUACUGUAACAUACUGUAGUCUUUUUUUCUUUUCCUUUUUUUUUUCUUCUUUUUUUAUGUUUCCGGAAUAAUAUUUUCUUGGAAAUAAGAUGAAGGGCUUAUUAAACCAAAA